GCAACGUCACAACCUGCAACCAGAGAAUCUGGAAAAAUGGCGACCAGUUUACUGCGGCUCCCUCUGCGACUUUCCACCAAAAAUAUGGGGAUAGUGAGUCGUAACACCGGCCUUAAAACAUCAAACAUAUCGAAGACGACGCAGAGCCGGACCGCAGUAUCAACGCCAUCGGGGGCAAUCUUACCGAAACCGAAUAAAACAUCCUUUGGUCUGAUCCGCUUGACAGUGGUGGUGGUGCCUUUCCUGUAUGUGGGAACUCUGAUAAGCAAGAACUUUGCGGCUCUCCUGGAGGAGCAUGACAUCUUUGUCCCUGAGGACGACGACGAUGAUGACUGAGCUAACUCCAGAAAAAGUAAAUGCUUAAGGGUGCUUUGCAAUAUGGACUGAAAGCAUACCAGCAAGCAAAAGGAAGAGAGGAAAAAGAUGGGGCGCUUUGACUUCCUAAGAUAUCCAAACUGAGCUUCUUUGUCUCUCCGUUGCUGUUUAUGUUUACACUAAAUUUAUUUUUCAAAUAUCAUAUCAUGUGAGGCUGUCAAAACCACUUGUUACGCCUUCACUCUUGUUUGCAUGUUUGUGUCUAUCAACUUAAUAAACAGAGUCGAUAACA